AUGCUGCUAAUGUCUUGCAAACGGGCGUUUGCCAGGGCGCCGCAGGCAAGGAGAAGCGUGAGCACAACAACUAUUUUCUCACACCCACCACCAAACCUUAGUCUGAAGCAGUUGGCCAAGUUGACCACACCGGAACUUCUUAUCAAACUUGGAUACAUUGCACAGCCAAAUUCAGGACUUACUCAUUGGCUUCCGCUCGGUCAGGCAACAUUGGAAAACGUUAGCGGCAUAAUCCAUAAGCAUCACAAGGAUGCAGGCUGCGUGGAGGUUUCUUUGUCUUCUCUUUCUCACAGUUCGUUGUGGGCGAAAACCAAUCGUUGGCAGAACAAUGAGCUCUUCAAGCUGGGGGAGUACUGCCUUGCUGCCACCGCCGAAGAGGAAAUCACUUCGCUUGUCACUCCGCACCUAAAUAGUUAUAAGAAGAUGCCCUUCAUCGUCUACCAGAUUACCAGGAAGUACCGGAAUGAGAAGAGAUCGAGGGGCGGGUUGUUGCGUGGCCGAGAAUUUGUGAUGAAGGACGCUUAUAGUUUUGAUGCAGGGAAGGAAGAAGCCCUCGUGAGUUUCGAGAAGAUGAACGACAUAUAUGCCAAGAUUUUCACGGAUUUACGAUUACCAUUUGUCAAGGCCAAUGCUGAUAGCGGUGACAUUGGCGGAGAUUUGAGUUACGAAUGGCAUAUUGUCAGCGAAGUUGGUGAAGACACUGUUGUUGAGUGUCCGGAAUGCCACGCGUGUGGCAAUGUGGAACGGGUGCGCAGUGAGAAAUCCGAGGGAUAUGUCGACGAGAGUGACGUUUCUUACUACCUCAACGAAAACAAGGAAUUGAUCUGCAUCUACUACCCCAAAGGACGGAAGCUCUCUCUCAAGUUUGUCAAAGAGGAGGACUUGGUCGAGAUCGACGAACAGUUUGGGGAAGGAGCCAAGGCGCUUUCCCUCUUCGAAGAGACCAACAACGCAAAUGACAACUUGAUGACGAUCUACAGGUUGUGCGACGUUAAUGUCGGGCCGGGAUCGAAAAUGCCCGACCUACCUGUGACCUUUAGUAAGAACCACAUGAUCACGUUCCAGGGGUUGGACAUCACAGAGGCGCAAGAGGGAGACAUCUGUUCCAGCUGCGGCACCGGAAAGCUGAAGGAGAUGAAAGGUGUGGAAGUGGGUCAUACCUUCUACUUGGGAGAAAAGUACAGCGCUCCAUUGGAUGCCACGUUCAUUGACAAGGACGGGUCGAAAAAACACUACGAGAUGGGCUGCUACGGCAUCGGUGUGAGCCGGAUUGUUGGAGUAGUGGCCGAAAUAUUGCGGGACGAGAAGGGUUUGCGCUGGCCUGCCCGGAUUGCUCCUCUCCACGUGAGCGUCAUCAAAAGCGGGCAGGCGGAGGACGCUGGAGCUGACAGCACUGCUGCGUUCGACGGGUUCAUUGCCAGGCUGACGGGCCGCGGUGUGAAGGUCGAAGUGGACGGCAGCGAGGACAUCGGUUUCGGCAAGAAGUUGAGCAAGAGCAAGAUGAUCGGCGUUCCGCUCCAGGUCAUCGUCGGCAAGCUGGUACCGCUCGUGGAGAUUGAGGUGAGAGGCGUCUUCUUCAGCGAGACGUUCCGGGAGCUGCACGAGAGCAAAAAGGGUGAGUGGAACUGGAGCGUGGAGAAGUCCAAGUCCGGCGAGGACAAGCACAUUGUAGAUAUUGCGUUUGCGGAUCAAGUGAUCGAGGCGCUUCUCCAGGACAUGUAA